AUAUAGUACUACUACUACUUCUAAUUAAUCAAUCAAAACUUAAGAAAAUUAAGGGUCAUUAUAUAUGAUGAUGAGCAAAGAAAAUGUUGUGGAACUUGGUUAUGAAGAAGGGAAGAGUAGUAGUAAUAGUAAGUCAUUUUCAAGAAGAGGAAUAUCAAUGUUGGACUUUGUUCUAAGGCUUAUUGGAAUUGUUGGUACCAUGGCAAGUGCAAUUGCCAUGGCAACAACCGAUGAAACUCUUCCUUUCGCUACUCGUUUCGUUCGCUUUAAGGCUAAUUACGACGACCUUCCAACUUUUACGUUGUUCGUUGUUGUGAAUGGCGUUGUGGGUGGCUAUCUGGUUGUUUCUCUAUCUCUUUCUAUCCUACACAUAGUACGAAGCACCCCACAAAAGAGUAGAAUACUUUUGAUCAUCUUCGACACGGUAAUGCUUGGUUUUUUAACUGCGGGAGCAUCAGCAUCCGCAGCUAUAGUCUAUUUAGCACACCAAGGAAACACCACGGCGAACUGGUUUGCGAUAUGCCAACAAUUCAACUCCUUCUGCGGGCGCAUCUCCGGUUCUCUCAUCGGAUCUUUUGUUGGCGUUGCUGUUUUCAUACUCAUAAUUUUGCUCUCCGCCGUGGCUCUUGCGCGCAGCUAGAUCACAUAAUUGACUCAUAGUAAUGUCACCCUCGUUUGUGUGUGCUUGUGUUACUUACUAUAUAUUAUUUAGUUAAUUUGGUAAAUUCAUUAUGAGUUUAAAUUUUGUGGAUGAUAUUAUUCAUCAUGAUCACUAGUAGUUUUUUCUCUCUAUACAUAUAUCAUGUUGUGUGAUUGGCUCCAUUAAAUUUACUACUUUUAUGUAUUUUCUUAAUUUAUCUUUUGUUGUGAUAUGAAUGAAGUAUAUAUGUUUUUCAUGUUCAA